AAACAUUUUCGGAUUCACAACGUCAACUGCAUCUUUGCGUGCGCGCAAUCGGUUUAAGGCGACAAAUACCUCGAUUCAACGAUUGAGGCUGCGAGAAAUUGAUUCGACAAUCUACUUACUAUCGUCAUACUUCGCAAUCCAUAAAUUAUACCCAUCUAGACAGAGUUGCUUUUCCUUUGCGCUUCGUCUUCCCUUACGUUCGACGUUCAAUCAUACUGCCAGAGUAUUUUCUCAAGUACACACUUCACAAUGGCAACAACGACAGGAGAGAAGGCCAAGCCAAGUCCCAUGCGAUCAAUUAUCGCUGGUGCCGCUGCUGGUGCUGUGGAAAUUUCAAUAACAUAUCCUGCCGAAUUCGCAAAAACACGGUCACAGCUCAAUCGACGGUUAGCGGAGGGCAAGAAGCUUCCAUGGCCACCGUUCGGGGCCCAAUGGUAUGCGGGAUGCACAACUUUGAUCAUAGGGAACUCGCUGAAGGCCGGAAUUCGAUUUGUCGCCUUUGACCAGUACAAAGCGCUUCUGGCUGAUGCUGACGGAAAUGUUUCGGGCCCAGCAAAUGUCAUCGCAGGAUUUGGUGCAGGUGCUACCGAGUCACUAUUGGCAGUGACGCCGUUUGAGAGUAUCAAGACUCAAUUGAUUGACGACCGCAAAUCAGCCAAACCUCGAAUGCGAGGGUUCUUGCAUGGUUCGAAGGUGAUUGCGCAGGAAAAGGGCAUUCGAGGAUUCUUCCAAGGCUUCCUUCCCACGACAGCACGGCAAGCAGCCAACUCCGCCGUUCGAUUCUCUAGCUACACGGCGCUACGGCAAAUGGCGCAGUCUUACGUAGCCCCCGGCGAAAAGCUUGGGGCCAUCAGUACGUUUGGUAUUGGUGGUGUUGCUGGCAUCAUCACAGUCUAUGCCACUAUGCCUCUUGACACAGUUAAGACUCGAAUGCAAUCUAUCGAAGCUCGAGCGCUUUACAAGAAUAGUUUCCACUGUGCCGCCAAAAUGUUCCGGGAGGAAGGUAUUUUAACAUUCUGGUCGGGUGCACUACCAAGACUAGGCCGUCUCAUUCUGAGUGGUGGUAUUGUAUUCACAAUGUACGAGAAGGCAAUGGAAUUCAUGGACAAGAUAGAUCCACAUGGCCGCUACAUAUAGUGAAAGAGGCGGUUCCUACGUGUAUGACAUACAUACCCCCCUGUACACUUGAUGUGUACGUUCAUUAUUGGCGUACCUUGGGCAUUGGCAAUGGAAAAGAUUACAUAGACGAUCAUGGCCAAGGUAAUGUAAAGUAUAUCUUGCGGGGCAUAUAAUCAGAUACCCAUAGCGGAAAACAAAGCGGAAUUUCC